UCGCCUCUCGUCUUGGCCUCGGUUGCAGAGUCCUUGUCUGAAAUUCUGUAAAGGAGAUGGCAACACAGAUCCAAGAAGGAGAGCUGGACUGCACCAAUGCUUCAAGAGGAGUCUGGUUAGUGAAGGUUCCCAAAUAUAUUUCACAAAGAUGGGAUAAAGCUCCAGGAAACAUAGAAGUUGGGAAACUUCGCAUCGCCAGGACACCGUCAGGACAGAAGUCUGGGCAGUCUGGACGUCCGAAGCUGGACGUGUCUUUCUCCUUGAGCGAAGCGGUGCUGGCAAUGGAGAAGUCCGAAGCCAUUCCAAAGGACCACAAGUUUGUCAUUAGCAACGUCAACAACCAGACGCUCGGCGUGUUCUCUCAAACUACCCCACCGGCCAACAGUAAUGCUGUCGUCCCGGAGACGGAAAAACUCAUGAUGGAAGGAAGAGUUAUCCAGCGGGCUGAAUGCAAGCCGGAAGGUAGCGAGACCUACAUGAAACUGAAGCUGGAGGGCUUCCGAAAGUCGGCCGUGCCGGCCCGCAUGGCCAAACGGCUGGACGACGUGGUGCACGUGAAGCCCGUGGCCAAUCACCGCUACAACGUGGAAUUCACCCAAAAGAAGAAGUCCGAGGGUAAGAAGGUUCGAGACGACAAGGAUAAGGUGAUGAAUGUUCUCUUUGCCGCCUUCGAGAAGCACCAGUACUACAACAUCAAGGAUCUGGCGGGCAUUACCCGGCAGCCUGUG